CAGAAGAGGCGGCGGGAACAGACUCGGUAGCUGCAGAGAUGAGGAGGGUGGCGGGCUCGAUGGACUCCCAGGGCGAGCACCGCGCCGAUUACUUCCGACGCUCCAACCUGUUCGUAAUGGUGGCGAUCUUGGCCGGCCUGAGCUACUGCGGGUUGGCAGUCUUUUCACCCUCAACAAUCCCCUAUGACCUUCUGGGACCAUUAGGCACCGUCACUAAAUAUUUGGUGGAAAACCAUAAAACUCUUCUCAAUAUCGGAUAUUUAGUUACCUGGUUAGGCCACGUCGGGGAAGCAUUAGUUGCCCUCAAGCUAUGCAAGAUGAAAGGCAUCACAGACCCUUCAACUCAGCGGUUGUGGUUGGUUCAAACAUUUUUCUUUGGAAUGGGAUCUCUCUACCUUUUGUUGACCUACAACCCCCGGAAGAAAAGCUGGUGAAGGAUUCAGCCAGAAGAGAAGGUUCCAACACAUUCUAGCUUUGGGGUAUAUUUUUCAGCUGAAGCAAGAAAAGUGGUGCUACCCUUAUGCUAUUCAUAUAAUCAGUUAUCAGUAAUCAAUAUAUUCACAUAUGCACACAUAGCAGGGCUUACAGUAAUAUCAUAAUCCAUUUGAAUCAAGAAAAGCUUUUUGCCUAAGCUAACUGCAAACUGCUUGGAACCGCAAGUCCAGAACCGACCUUUCACCUAGUAACAUCCUGCACCCUAUAGGAAAAGGGAAGCCAUGAAUCCCAAGGCGCUGGUACAAAUCCCCCCCUCAACUACAGGCUAAAAUGGUCCACAAAACAGGAAGGGCCAAACCACAAAAACUCCCUACAGAGCAGAUGCAUAAGGGGGAGGUAGCGCCAGGAGAUUCCCACCCUGAGUCUUAUUUCCCUGUUCUGUCAGAACUAGGGAAAAGGUCAGACUGUGCAUCAUUGUGCAGACA